CCAGCCCCGGAGCGGGGCCGCGCCGCGAUGCCGGCCCAGGCCGCAAGGGGCGGUCCGGGCCCGGCGCCUCUCUCCCGGGCGCAGGCGCCGCCGUGAGCCCGCGGCUGAGGGCCGUCCGCCUGCGGCCGGCGGCUCCAUGCGCUGCCAGGUGUCGGUGCUGUACUUCGCCCGGAGCGCGGAGCUGGCCGGGCUGCGCAGCGAGGCCCUCUGGGUGCCGCGGCAGGUCACGGCGCGGCAGCUCUGGGAGGAGAUCGUCAAGGCGCACCCCAGGCUUGCUGUCAUCCGGGAUCAAGUGGUUUUUGCUGUUCGGCAGGAGUACGUGCUUCUUGGAGAUCAGCUCCUGGUCCUGCAGCCUGGAGACGAGGUUGCCAUCAUCCCACCAAUUAGUGGAGGCUGAAUUUGCCCAGGCUUUGUUAGGUUUAGGCCCAGAGAUGUGAUGCAGUUCUCUCCCUCCACUCCAGUCAUCUUUUAUGAGAGCAUAACUUGCAUUUCUUGCUGGAGAGGACCAUUGUGCUGACCAGAAACUAUAAGCUCGUGCAACAAUAAAUUAUUAACACAUAUGCAGUAAAUGUAAGAAAAUUGACAGAGAGGUCAGGCAUUGUUUUGGAUUUGGGUUCAUUGUUUUGAAUUUGGGUUUUAUGUCUCUAUUCUUCCAUAGUUGUUUCUGGCUGCCAGUAGAUUUCCAGCUUGCCUAAAUAAGAUAAUAAUGAGAAACCUCAUGCAACUUUUUGGCAGAAAAGAUGAUACAGAGAAAGAAUUCACUGCUGCUUAAAAAAAACCCCUUUUUUGUUUGGUGCUGUCAAAGGAACAGGUGUCCUUAGAGUAGCUUUAUUUCUUUGCAUGCUUUCAAGUGCCAGUCCAUGUAUUUACUGCAGUUUGUUCUAUUGCUGAUGCUCAAAAUACUUCUUUUCCUCCUCAUUCUUAGAUGAACUGAUGACUGGUUUCUACUCAGAGAAGUUAAAUUUUCUGCUGUGUCACUGAAACAGACUGAUAAUAUGAGGUCCUUAAGGUUUUUGAGAGCAAAUUAAACUUCAGGAUUAGAAAUCUAAUCCAUGUUUAUCAGAA